AUGGACAUCAAACCCUUGCGCAUUGGGUAUGUGCCCGAGCAUUUUUCGACGCCACUGCACUUUGCCCAGAAACACUUUGGACUUGAUGCUAAACUUAUUCCCUUCCCGUCCGGAACGGGUCAUAUGGUAACCUCCUUGCGAUCAGCCGAGAUUGAUAUUGGAAUUGGCUUGACAGAGGGCUGGGUUGCAGGUCUUAGUAAAGAAGAUCUUGAAGGUGACGGCGGUUACAGGCUUGUAGGCACAUACGUCGAAACACCGUUAUGCUGGGCUAUAUCGACAGGAACUCAGCGCUCUCUCAGCUCUAUAGAUGAUCUAAAGAAUGGCAAAUGUGGUGUAUCACGAAUCGGCAGCGGCUCUUAUGUGAUGGCCUAUGUACUUGCGCUCGAGCAAGGAUGGUUCCAUGAGGAUUCUUUAGGCGAGCCCUUUCACUUUACUCCUCUCCAGACAUUCGAGAAGCUCCGAAAUUCCGUAAAUGACAGCACCGUUGACUACUUCAUGUGGGAAUACUUUACGAGUAAGAAGUAUUACGAUAAUGGUGAGAUAAAGAAAAUUGGUGAAAUAAACACACCUUGGUCAUCAUGGAAGAUUGUGGCCUCCACUAAUCUCAUAAACUCGUCCAAAGCUCGUCUAGAAGAAGUUUUUGAUAAACUUGACAAAGGCAUGCGAUAUUACGAAAAAAAUACUGACGAGGCCGUGCAGUAUAUAUCGACAUCACUAGACUACAGCGUAGCUGAUGCGAGGAGCUGGAUGAAAACUGUCAGGUUCCCUGCCCAGAGUAAGGGAGUAGACUUGAACGUGAUAAAAAAGACCACCGAUGUCCUGAAAAAAUCUGGCGUCAUCAAUGGCAAGGGAAUGAGCGAAGAAGAAAUGGUCGCUUUUAAGAGAGGUUAA